AUGGCGAAAGCCAAUGCACGUUCUGGCGAUCGCAGCCACAAGUUGCUUGCAAAAGUUAACCUCUAUUGUAAAGAAUGCAACGCCCAAAUUGGUAUCUUCAGCAACGAAUGGGUGCACUUGACACCUUCAUAUGCGAGCCCGAAAGAACGGGGACAGAAAUUCGGAACCCGCGUCGGGGACUCUACGAAGAAGGUGCCUGAUGGAGUUGCUCACAGACUGGCGGCGGGCUGCGAAAUGGCCGAGGUCUUCUGUGAAGGAUGCAAUACUCAUAUUGGCCAACACUGCAAACGAGCGCCGGAGUCUAAGAAGGCGCAAAUGGUCGGCCAGGAUUUCUACAAACUGUCGAAGACAUACCUCAAGGGUGCGAAUACUGCAAAGAGAACGGAACCUGUGUUUGUGGAUGACGUGGAUGCUGGACCUUCGACGCCUAUUGCUAAACGAAAGAAGGACAGCAGCGCACAAGGUUCUAGUUCUGUUGCGCGCCCGAAAACAUCACCACCCGAGACGGGGCCGGUGAAUAACGACGAAGAAGAGCGUGCGAAUAACAAGGUGGAACAUCAGGCAGUGCUCGAUCGAAUGGCCGAGCUCGAGCGACUUGUGCGAAGCGGUGGUUUCGCUGCAUGCGUUGCACCUCCCCGACAGGAAUAUGGUCAGCCUCCACCGCAACAGUAUGGGCCGCCAUAUGUCGGUCUCGGCUUUCCUCAUUCGCAGCAUGCCCAGAUCAUCGAGGAUCAGAAGAGGCAGAUUGCAUCGAUAACGGCCCAAGUUAACGGCCUACAGGGCACUAUCGAAGAUCUGCGGGACAUCAUCUCAGACUUGCGAGCUGAGAAAGCGCGGCAACAGUCUGGCUCACUCCAGGAAACUGCAAUUAUGAAUCGAUUCGAGGAGAUGAUGAAGUCCGUUAGAGACGGCCAGGCAGUAGCCGAGGAGACUGACUUCCUGCGCGUUGAGAAUCGAAAGCUCAAGGAAAGGUUGUCAACGAUCGCUGGUGCCAUGGGCCUUCCCCCAGACGGCUCGUCAGAAGACGAAGAUGGCUCCGCAAAUAGCCUUGGAAAACGUAAGAGAACUGAAGAGCACCCGGCCCGUCCAUUCUUUCGCAAUCAAGAGUCACUCGCCCCUGCUGAAGGUUAUGGUCCACUGCAUGGAAACGAUCAAUUCCAUCCGCCAACCCCUGAAUCACUACAGGAGCUUGCAAACGCCCGGGAGCCUACGCCAGCACUACGGCAGUCCGUAAAUGGCCAUGGCUACUUUCGACACCAGUCCACAAGCUAUGGCCCUGCCCCGUUGCGGCAUCAAUACAGCGACCCGGGCCUCGGUCAGUACCCCCCAGCAGCUUCAUUAUAUGGCCCGCCUCAGCCACGCGAGAGUCAUUAUGCCAAUCCUAAUGAGCAUUUUGCACGACAGAAUGCUUCGCAAAUCCCGCCUCCAAUUCUGGCUAGACCGGAGUCGCGAAAGGACCCCCAGGUCGCUGGAAGCGCUUCGAGAUCUAGAAACUAUCCUGCAGACAGUGGCCCGGUCAUGGGCGACAGCGUUGAGUUUAGUGACGACGAGAUAGCGACUCCGGCCCCGGGCGACGCUCCGCUGUCUGUUCCUCGCAAGCGUCCCCAGCCGCCUAUCUUCCCAGGUGUUGGACCAACACCAAAUCAUCGAGGAAACCGGAUGGGGCAUGCGUUGAUUGAUCCAUCAAACUCUGGCGCACCACAUGGGCCUUUCGAGGGUCAACCUCCGCAGCAAACACCCGUCCAACCUGCACCAUAUCGACCUCCUCCAUUCCCGCGACCUGGUGCUUGCACGAGUCUGCGUCAACCCGCGUUGGCGCCCGGCAUAAACAAUGCCCUGAACUUCACGCCUGGGGAGAUUGCGCGACGAGUUCGAAAAGACAAAAAUCUACCCGAGUUUUCUGUUGCUGGUAAGGAAGAAUCAACACCAGGCCCGACCACCAGCGGAACGAGGACGCAAAUGACGUCGCAUAUUCCAAUUGAUCCUGCCCUGGAGACGACUGCAGACGGUCUGCCCCUUACUGAGGUCACGAACCAACAGAACGAUCGCGGAAGGCGAGGUCAAAGCGAGGAGGGUGGUGGGGAAUACCAGCCUGAGAAAUACCCAGCGAAUCAGAGAACGGGGACAGGCCCGACCACGAGGCGUCGGCAGCGCAAGUCGGACAUGGAGCGAAGAGACGAUUUGGCAAGAGAUGCGAUGCUGUCAGAAGAAGGAACUUAG